AUGGACGCUUCAAACAUGUCCUUUGAGGCAAAGAUUGCCAUGGCAUUGGGAGGAUCUAGUUGGCAGAGUCUACAGAACAGUAACACUGCGGAUCCCAUUCUUGCAGCCGGACAAACAGCCCAUGCGGAUGAAGAGUAUGAAGAGUAUGAAGACAAUGAUGAUGAAGACGGAGAUGACGGAAACGGAAUUCCCAUAGUGGACGGGACUGCCGAUGCGGGCGCAGCUCAAGAGCCAGAAGUCGAUGAAGCCCUACUUAAGAAACGCAAGAAAAAACUUGAGCGGUUUGAAAAGACCAUUGCCAGAGAUGCGGGAGAGGCGGUUGAGACAAUUGACGUUGCCUCGCUCACACCCAUCGCACAACAAGUGUCAUGGGACCAGGAUCCAGAGCUUCUCUGUUGCUACAAUUGGCAAGCGUCUACGGAUGGCACCAACACUAUCUUCGUCCCGGGUGAGCCAGCAAAAUGGCAGCAACCAGCUCUGCCACAUCAUUUAGAGCGAGACAGCGGUUUCCAAUACCAAGAUUACAACUAUGCACGGCAGCCAAGGAAUCCUUAUUCUCCUAUGUUCCAAGCACUCAGCGUCAUGAACCCGAACUUUACAUUCCACAACGUUGACAUUCUGGCCGAUCGCAACAAUCUCCGCGUGUUGCUCGAAUUUGCCCAGGGCAAAGCCAAUGGGCCAUUUCGACUAAACGUGCACCUGGUCUUCAACACUCUAGUCAUUGUACGCCGCGAGUCACGUUGGUGGAAGCUUUCCGACGGCCAAAGUUACGGCAUCAAUUUUGAGCGAGACUUUACAACGACAACAGACGACAUGCUUGACGCAACAAGCCAUUAUCGCGCCAUCCGCUAUAAAAUGGGUCCCCUGAACGUCGUCUGCCGCUUCGAAGCCGACGCCUACGACGACGGCAUGACAAACGACAACCUCACAGAAUCCGAGGCUGCAGCCACAACCGGCAACGGUGCAGGCCCAACUACGAAACCCACCUUCAACUACUCCGCUCCUAUCCGCGUGCUCCAAAAAGGCCACAUCGUCCCCACCGCGCAAAUGGUCGAACUGAAAACACAAGCCUACCACCCCGAAAGCAGCGCUCUAGUACAAUGCCAAGACCAACUCUGGUUCGGUCGCACAUCCCUCUUAUUCACUGCCCCCUACGACAGGGACACGGGACGUGUCCAGCGCGUGAAGAAGGAGAAUGCAGCUGAGCGCGUAGCGAGAUGGGAACAAGCGCAGCAAGAAGCCCUCCGGAAACUCGUUGCGCUACUCGUUCGCAUCCGCACUGUGCUAGUGCGCGAACGCAGACCGAAUCGCGCUGUUGUUCUCGUGCGAGAAGCAAAAGGUGGACCGCUAGUGCUGCGUACGAUGGAGGAGAGAAGUCACGCUGUGGAUAGGGAUACACGAGAAAUUUUCUGGCCACUGCGAGCUCAGUCGUUUGGCGGGCAUCGUGGACGCGGCGGCGACCGUGGUAGGGGGUCUUUUCACGGUUCGCACGGUCGUGGGCAGGGUGGACCUGGUGGUAGAGGUAACUUUCCCCCUCCUUUUCAUGGAAGGGGUCAGUAUCCUCCGCCGCCGCCGUAUAACAAUGCUACUCGAGGCCGGGGACAGGGCCAGUUUUAUGGCAAUACUUCGUCGGGUCCGACGUAUCAUGGUGACCAGAGGACGGAUGUAGGACAAGGGCGGGGGGCGGGGAGAGCGAAACAUACUGCUCGUGGUCAGGGUGCGGGGUAUUCUUAUUGA